AUGGCUCGCGGGAGAUACGCGACGCUAACUCGUUACUGCCUCACAAACAAUGUGCUACAGAAUAAAAAGCAACUAUGCCUGCGAAGAUCUCGGUCGCACCAGACAAACACAAAAGUGGUCUGCCCUCAAGAGGUUUAUCAAAAAUUACUGUUCAGUAAAAUAGGAUUAGUUUCUUGUAUUCAGGAAAACUUUUAUAGAUCGUGUAUGUAUGACUGGAAUGGUGCUGUUAUGCUCGUUACUGGUACCAGGGGAAUUGGUGCACAUAUUGUGAGGUUUGGAUUGGAACAAGGUGUUAAGAAUGUAACAAGUUUGGACAUCGAUGAAAAAAGCGGCCUAGCAUUACAAUACGAGUUGAACCAUAAAUAUGGUGAAAAGGAUAAAGUGAAGUUUAUAAGUUGCGAUUUCACAGACGUACAUCAACUUAUGGGAAGAUAUCAGGAAAUACUGUGGGAUAAAAACCAAACCUUCGUUGUAAUCAAUGAUGCUGAACUACUGAAUAAUAAUUUGAGUCAACAGCAGUCUGGCGAAGAAAGAAACACAAUUGCGACUGGCCUCGUUUUAGGUAAUUUGACGGCGUUAGAUCUUAUGCGUAUGGAUAAAUAUGGAAGAGGAGGCACUAUUAUAAACAUUUCUUCUGCAUUCUCUCUAUGUCCCACACCGUUGACUUCGGAGAAUACAUCUACAAAACAUUCGGUUAUGACUAUGUGCAUCGGCCUAGGCAAUGACGAAUUCUUUCGUAAAACUGGUGUUCGUGUAAUAACUGUCUGUUAUGAAGCAAGCGAUCCUAAAUACGAAAAUGUAUCUCAAUACGAAUCGGAACCCAGAUUUUCUACCAUUAUGAGUCCGUGUAGCAAUCAAUGUCCGAGGUCAGCUGCUCGAGCCAUCAUCGAAAUCUUCAAGCAUGGCAGCAGUGGGAGUAUAUGGGUUAUCAAAGACGACAAACCAAUCGAAGAUAUCACUUACAUAGUCAAGAAGUCCUACAGUACCCACAGUUUUGAAACUCAGAUGCGAUGAACCGUCAUAUCUCAUUUAGGUCAUAGCAUAAAAUAAAGGAUUCCGCUCCCAUCCAGCAAAAAUAAUUCAAAUAUGGACCUUAAAGUGUUGCUCUUUAGAAACACUUUACAUUGGCAGCAUAAAUUAGCAGACAGCCCGCUGUUAGCGAGCUUACCACUGUUUGACUGCCAUGGUGACUCGUUUGAGAGAGCUAAAAUCUUUAAUGUUAUCACCCAUCAUCUGCGUAGCCUUUUCCCAAGUAUGUUGACUAAAUAGAUGCAGCUGAGUACCAAUGUUUUAGAGGUAGAUGGAUUGACUGCCUCUACCCAGUUAUCAAGGCAACACUACUGCCAAAGAUGUUCAUUUUGUCCACAUUGAGGUAUUAUUGUGUAGUAAGAGCAGAUUAAACCUUUUGUUUCUA